UUGGCGCGUCGAGACAAUCUUCACUUGUUUUCAAAUUAAACUAGUUCUAGAAGGGAAUGAGUCAGAAUCUGAAUAGAUUUUGAUUAUAAUUUAUGUGAAUGUGAUUGUGUUAAGAGUGUAACAAUUACGAGUGCAAAUGUUUCGACUUCAGGCGGUUUACUUCAGGUUUUGUUAACAAUCCAAAUGCGGGAUCAAGGGACACUAGACCAGGGGGCAAAAGGUCUGGGCUGAUCAAUGGCAGGCAAGUGGAACUCGUUCUGCAGGAUCCUGCAGCGGAGACGAGUCUUUGAACCUGACCAGCUGGAUUCGGGAAAUUUGAAAAGAUGCCUCUCAGUAUGGGACCUCACUGCUUUAGGAGUGGGCAGUUCACUGGGCGUCGGCGUGUACGUGCUGAUAGGCUCCGUUGCACGACAUCUAGCAGGACCCUCCAUAGUAUUGUCGUUCCUAAUUGCAGCUGUAGCCGCAGUUUUCGCUGGUAUGUGUUAUGCGGAAUUCGGCUCCAGAGUGCCUAAAGCGGGAUCAGCUUAUAUUUACACUUACGUAGCGGUGGGAGAGUUCGUUGCCUUCAUCAUCGGCUGGGAUAUGAUCCUCGAGGCGGUAUUUGGCACAGCAAGCGUAGCGCGUGGUCUCAGCAUGUAUGUCGACUCGAUGACGAACAACACAAUGUCGGUCUGGUUCGAAUCGUUCGCACCGAUGGCUUCCGCAAAUUUUUCUCCGUAUUUUGACUUUUUCGCCUUCUUCAUAGUCAUCAUUCUAGGGGUUCUGCUCGCGUUCGGCGUCCGCGAAUCGACUCUCGUAAACAAUGUUUUCACCGCUGUCAACAUCGUGGUCAUCCUGUUUAUUAUCUUCGCUGGAGCGUUUAAAGCGGAUGUCAACAACUGGAGCAUAGCACCGGAACCGAGGCAAGAGAAUGAGAACCGCGGCGAAGGUGGUUUCUUUCCGUUCGGUGUAUGGGGGAUGCUAAAAGGCGCAGCGGUUUGCUUCUAUGGAUUCGUGGGUUUUGAUAGCAUCAGCUCAACUGGAGAGGAGGUGCGGGACCCGCGUAGAGCUAUCCCGUUAUCAAUAAUGAGCACGCAAGUGAUAGUGUUUGUGGUGUACGCCGCAGUAGCCACGGUAGUGACGAUGAUGAUGCCAUAUUACUUGCAGGAAAAAGUUGCGUCAGUCGCAACCGCGUUUACGUACGUCGGGAUGGACUGGGCGCGUUGGAUCGUUACUGUUGGCGCUGUAGUUGGGAUCACUGCUAGUUUGUACGGUUCCAUGUUUCCUCUACCUCGCCUGCUGUAUUCGAUGGCAACUGACGGUCUUCUGAUCCAUUGGUUUGCGCGCGUGACCACUAAAAGGAAAUCACCGAUGAUAGCUACAUUGGUGUCAACUGUUAUUAUAGCUAUUUUAGCGGCGAUUUUGGAACUGAAUGAGUUAAUAUUAAUGAUGUGCAUUGGUACUCUGUUAUCGUACACCGUAGUCGCGUGUUGCGUUAUUAUACUAAGAUAUCGAUCGGCGAGUAUUUCAGAAUCGAGUUACGUCAAGCAGAUUUUAGGGCUUGGUCUGAGAUCACCGACUAAAGCUACGUCAUUCAUAAUGAAUAUUUCGCUUUUACUUUUUAUUUGUACGUGUGUAACGUCAGGUCUAGUGAUCCAUCACGUUGAAUAUCCUAUCGUGUAUAUAGCAUUACUGCACUCGAUAGCGUUAUUUCUGAUCGUCGUCAUGGCAAUGCAGCCCCAACUGAAAGAGGAGUUAACAUUUAAGACUCCCUUAGUACCACUCGUGCCGUGUUUAAGUAUCUACGUGAACAUAAACCUGAUGAUGCUGAUUAAGCUGCAGACGUGGAUUCGUGUCGUUGUUUGGAUGGCGAUUGGUAUACCAGUGUAUUUCCUAUGUGUAUGUUUUUAUAAGCAAAAUGUGAAACAUAAUCUUCAAGAUAACAUAAAUGCUUCUGGUCAUAUGAAUGUGAACGGCAAAGCACCGGUUCAAAUAUAUGUUGUGUCACCGACGCCUCCUGAUACUAUAUCACGUAGUAACAAAGGAGAUGAAAUCAUAAAACAGGAUGAUCGAAUACAAGUGAUCGAUGAGAAAUCACAAGAGGAUAUCGCAGUUAGUAAAGUUCCGUUUGUAACUGAAGAAAUAUUAGUACAACACGCCUAUUACGAAGACAACGAAGAGAAAGAAGCUAAGAUAAUAGAUUUGUUGGACCAAGUCUUGCAAGCGGAAGAGGAUUCUUAUGCGGAAAUAUUGAGUUUAAAAGAGAACAAUGAAGAAGAAAACGUUACAAAAGAGCAAGAAAACAUUAUUCAUAGAAAAUCCUUAAGUGAUUUAUCUGACGCUGGUUCGGAUGCAUCUAUGGGUAAUCAAGUGUUAUCUAAAUAUGAUGUUAUCGCUGAAGUUCAUAGAGAAGAUUUGCCAAGAGUUAACGAAGAAGAAGAAAGAAGUGAUAGAGAAACUGAAAUUAAUCAAGAAAACGACGAUAUAAUUGAAUACGAAGAUAUUACUGCUUUUAAUGAUAGUGAUACUAAUUCUCAAACGGAUGAAUCUGGAUACUCAGAUACUAUCGAUAAAACAGUUCUCUGCGAAUCUAUUGAUAAUUUAAAAGACGAAGAACCAAAAAUACCCGUCCCGCCGCCUUUAGAUGAAAACUUUUUUGUGAAUCCAUCUUUCAAAAAAUCAUAUACAAUAUCAGUGAGGCCACCUAAGCCUAGAACAGUGGAUUCAGACGAUGAAAGUAAAAACAUGCCUAGAGCAAGUGUUCAAUCUAAUUCCUCAUAUGACGACACACCGAUGGUAUUUGGAAGUGAUAAGCAAAUGAGUUUUAUGUCGAAAUUAAAUAAUAUAUUUCAAAAUAAAAUAGAAAUCAGAAAAUCAGAAAAUGACGAACAAACUCACAGAAGACGAUCGAAUUCUACUGGAAACGCGGUAGAGAAUAAUGAAUUUGCGUUGAAUAGAGGCCGACCGCCAAUAUUUCUCGAUCUGAAAAAUGAAAUAAUAUCACAAAAAGUGGCACAAAACUUACGACCUCUAAACGUAGAACAAAUUAAGCAACAAACAGACGAUGAGGAUACAGACACGAGUCUAAGUCGAGAAGAUUUAAAAUUAAAACUAGAAAGUUUAUUUGCAGCGGGAGGUCCAAAAUUAUCUAAAUCUAGAGUUAUGAAAUCAAAUCCACCGACACCCGAAGAGUCUUAUCAAACUGAUACUUCUAGCACUGAAAGCAUAUCGAAUAUACCCAAAAUAGAGAAAAACGAUACGUUAGGAAGACAAAGAACAAAGUUUGGGGAAGUUUUGAAUUCAUUUCGAUUAACUCUUAAUAAGGAAGAUGACGUGUGACUGGAAGUAAUGUGUUACAGAUUAUAAAGGAAAAUAUAAAAAGGGAUCGCUGUGACGCGUGGACGAAAGGUAUUAGAAAUCAGAUUCGGGUGAAUGAACCUAGUCUUAUGUAUAAGUGCCUUCCUUAUUAAACAUAUUUUUUAAUUGAUACUUAAUAUUACGAUUCAGAGUUCGAAUUAUAGAUAACCGAGUUAAAUUUUAUUAACAUCAGAUAGUAUAUCCAUUAAUUUAUCGUAAAGACUGAAGUUUCGUGUAAUAAUAAAAAAAUAUAUUUUUAGUCUCACCCUAUCGUCAU